AGUUCAAGACAAAUGCUAAACAAGUGAUUAUAUAAGCUCGACAGAUUCAGAUAAUGGUUCAUCAAACAGUGCUAGGUCUAUUCUACUCCUACCUCAUUAUUUCCUGCCUAUCAGACAACCUUGUGUACACAGUAAACGGAUACAGAGACGAACGAGAUAACAUUGUACAGCGGAGACCUACCAUCCGGACGGAGAACGACAACUUCAUAAUCGAGACAGACCGAAACAGAAACAUUACCCUCUCUCCCGGCCCCGGAGGAUACGUCAGAAUCGGCUCCACCAUCAUCGACCCCUAACGUACCAUACCAGAACACUCAGAACAGUAACAAUCAAGCUAACCCCGGACCUCCUGGAAUUCAAGGGCCUCGCGGAUCAACUGGACCCAAGGGUGAACCCGGUAACCCAGGAAGCCCAGACACCGCUCAAGAUUUGCUCGCCAAGUUGGCUGCAGAAGGGCUCGAUCUGAGGAGCAUGCUGCAGGACAUCAAAUCACUCAGAGAUGAGAUUGAAGACCUCAAGAAGUACUCACUGAAGGGAACCUACCCUGCUCUCUUUGAGUUCUACAACAACAAGUACGGAGUGAGGUACAACUCCAGCGUCAAGUUCGGUCAUUCUGGUUUGAUGAUCAUGACGGAGGCGGGCGGAGUGCUCUUCGGUCAGCACAUCAAAGCUAACGACCUGGCUAGCGGCACAACCUACGCCAUCACCUUUUAUCUGAGCUCCCAUUCUGACGAGGAGAGAUCCAUAGACGUACAGAUAGCAGGCAGCGAUCAGACUUCUCUCUACGUGGACGACAGACUGGAGAUAAAGUGCGGCGACGGAGACGCCACCUUCGCUUCGUGCAGACUCAAUAUCCCUGUUGGGGACUUCAAACUGACUCUCGUGUGCUCAGACACUCAAGAUGUUCUCGAGAGCAUCGGCUUCGACGCCAACUGGCUGACCUAUAAUAAUCUCAGUAUCGAUUGGACUACCAUGAAUAGGGUGUGGAGGAAGUCACCCGACUCACAGCGGUAGAGGCGACCGUCCUUCUUUAAAUAAUUCCCCUAAUUUAUUAUUUUUUGUUUAAGUUGAUGGAACAAAAGACUUAUCAGAACGCAUAAGCCCGGCUACCUUUCAUUGGGUAAAUUAGUUGAUGAAUUAAUUAAUUGAAUUGAGUUAAUUAAUUUUAUCAAUUAGUUCAGCUGUGGGCCGUUGAGAAGGUUAUUACAGACUUUGAUGAUACAGAUUAAACUGUUGUUUGCCACCAACUUCAGGCACCUUAGAUACAAGAUAACAUUAUUUCUUAUCAAUCAGUUAUUAACUACGUAGUAAAAUGUGUAUCUUCAAAAUUGACUUAUUUGUUAGAUGAUAGUUUACUCUUAUAGUCGUAAGCUAAUGACAAGGCUUCGUUUCGAGAAGAAUCUGUUCGCUCGCACCAUCUUAAAUCUCGUGUAAACUGUUUAAAGAUAAGGACUUGAUUGAAAACGAAUGGUUUUAACGAGAAAAUGACCGAGUUUUAAGUGAUUCUUCGCGUUAGCUGCUGCUUUCCAUAAAUUGGAUUUUAGGUUAACGUUUUAACCGAGCAAUAUACAUGGAGCCAGAAGAAUAAUUUAUGAUAUUUUCGGUUUUCAAGACGAAUGUGAUUUUAAUUACAAAUUAUUUGAUUUAAGAUAAUUUUCUAUGAAGUUUGUUCGCUCACACACGCUUACUUAUUCGUCCUUUGCUCUAAAAUAGGGAGUAUAUUUGAACUUUAGUCAGCCCGGAUUUGGUUUUGGGAAAUGAUGUGUUUCGUUAACCCGAUAUUUGCAGCCUUUAUUAUGAAAGGCAUCUAUUUGUUGUUUGCUUUGAAAUGUUUGUUUGACAAUGUUUUAAGUUACCCCGGAGAUGAAUGAUAUAUAAUUUAAUCUCAUACGUGAUCGUAUAAUGAUAAUGAUGCUAGGUCCAAGCUUUAUUUAUGAACAGAUAUGAUCCACAGACAAAGAUCGAUAGUCACAUGCUUUUUUCUAAUUUUUUUACACAUAACGUAUAUACGAUUUUUACUUUUUUACACGACACAUGUUCGCAGUUCGUGUGCGCGGUGUCCCAUGUCGUCGCGCAGCACGUGCGUGUCUAUGAUGCCCAAUUACUGCCGGUUGUUUUGAACAGAUAGAUAUAAUAUGUGAGUUUUUAAGAGAAAUGUAAUAUAUUAAGCUUACUCUAAACUAUGUUAAGUUGAAUUAAGUUUCACGAUAAUAUCAAAUGAACGAUAUUCGUAUUGAAGAAGAUGACGUUUCAUCUUGGGAGUUUUCCCUUUCAUUCAUAGUACACUAACCUUAAUCACACUAACACAUUUUGAUACACGUAUGAUAUAAACUGCUGUGAGAUCUUAUUAAUUAUUAUUCUUAUAAGAAAAUUUUAUUCUGUAAAAGUUUUCUAGUCGUACUCCACACGUCCUCAUACAACAUGUUUUGAGUUUGGUUUUGAUUUUAACGAUGCGUUUGUUUCCCACAUGUCACGAAGAAAAUGAAGCGUUAUAAGCUGAUGUGAACGAGUCGCCAUUACGUCUUACUCUUACAAUACUAUUAUUUGGUUGAUAAAUUUCUCCCAGAGCACCUUCUCAGAUUCAUAAUCUUUCCAAGAAAACGGGGGACAGAAACUUCCCCGUGUCACUUGAAUAGAUUCUUGUCCUUGAACAUAAACCUUUUAGCCCAGUCUAGUUGAUUCCUACUACAUUUGAUUUGGGGAAGAGUCCUGAAUCAUUUGGCAGUGGUACUUUGAGCCAAAUACCUCAUUAAAUAACGCUGCAAACCCACUUCCUCUAACAAUUUAUUUUUGGGUCAGGAAGUUGUUACUGACCACUUCCUAAGAUAUAAAAACUAAUUGUGCUCAUGUACUAAUGAAGUAGCGGCGACUCCCUCACAUCUUAACCCUGUAGCUGCUUAAAGUCAAGCCUGGUUCCCUGUAUUACUGUUAUGAAUUUUUGUUGUAUUAUUUAAUCUAUGUACAUAUUUUCCUAUACAUUGAUUGAUUACUUUUCAAAUUCA